UGUGAUAGAGAGAGGAAGUGAGAGCGGAGCAAAACGCGCCGCGGUUCUGCUGCACAACUAAACGCAUUUUAAACUAUUUUAUCCUCCGUUUAUUUCUCUUAAAGACCGUCUGUGAUCUUUUCUCUCCAUCUUCAACUUCGACUUUUGCAAAGCACAUCAACUUCUUAGCUACAGGAUUUAAAACCACAAGAGCUGUUUGCUCACAACAACAUGAUGAAGACAUCAGCCAAAAGAAAGCGAACAAAAAACCAAACGGACAACAAAACCGAUUGUGACAAAGAAAAUGUCAGUCCAGUUGAAGUCUCCAGUCCACCUAAGAAAAAACGGAGCGUAUUUCCAGGCGUCCAGAGUCAAACAAAGACUCCUCUGGGAACCAACGACUCCAAUGGCAGCAGGUAUCUGCUGGACAAUCCUCGACCACAUCCAGUGAAUCCCGGUGUCAAGAAGAAGGAGAGGAUGACAGAAGAGGAGGGUUUGAAACGAGACCUGAAUGCACAGCGGUCUGAAAAAAGUCCAGAGUCCAUCUCUCCAUCCAGAAAUAGGGUUAACAUGUAUUUUCCAAACAUAUAUAAAGCACAUUCUCCAACAAAUAUACAAGUAAAGAACGAUGUAGAGAGUGAGAGGGGAAGAGUUGAACCGAAGGCAGAUGAGCCACCAGGCCGCCAGUUUGAAGCAAUGGUUAUCUAUAAACUUCUAGGUGAUUAUAAACUGGAAGCACCAAACCUGAGUGACGAAGAGUUUCUAAGUCUGCUGAAAGAAAGAGAGGAAUCUGUUUGCAAAAUUGUUGUGCAUGGUGUUUCCCAGGGAACAGGCUCCGUGUGGUUGGACAACCUCAUCUGGACAAAUGCACAUCUGUUCAAAGGUUGUCUGGUUGGAAGAAAGUUGCUGGAUGACAUAAAAGUUUCUGUUGAUUUUGAACUAGAAACUGUGAACCUGUCGUACACUGUGGAGAAAAUAUUUCUUGACAUUAAUGAAGAGCUGGAUUACGCCAUAUUUAAGCUCAUACCUGAGGACCCAACAGCAGAGAAAGUAAAGUUUCCACCAGGACUCCUUAAGAGACUCGGUCCAGUGCCGAAGAGUGGUAGAGUCGGGUCUAUCGGGUUCCCUGCAGGGAGAAAGAAGACCACCAAACACACAACUAUUGUCGAUGUAGAAAACAGAGAGCAAGCUGUAAAUAAUCAUUUAGCUCAAUACAAAGACUUGAUUAUCACCCAGAUGUCAAUCAAACAAAUAAUCACGAAUCAAGGAAUUGGUGACAUAAUGAAAAGUGGGAUAAGAGAAAAACAGGUCAUAACCUACCGUUGUCCCAUGUAUGGUGGAACAUCUGGUUCUCCAGUUAUUGAUGGACAUGGCCAAGUUAUUGGGCUGCACACUGGAGGGUAUGACUACGGGUUUCCAGAGUUUAAAAACGGUGUCAUCGAGUAUGCCAUCCCUUCGCUCACAAUAUUUAAAAAGUUUGUGAGCAAUCUAAGGAAAAGAGGAGAAAAGCAGCUGCUGGAAAGAAUUAGGGAGGAAGUAUCUGAUAAUGAUUACCUUACAAGGUUGAUGUUCAGUCCUGAGUAGGAGUGGAAAGGUCUUGUUGUAUGAGAUCUCAUAUUAAACAUCACAAUAUUUCUUAUUGAGGCGACGCCCAUCUCAUGAGCUGCCUUUAUGGUCUAAAAAUCUGCCACUCUCCUCUUUUGCUCUGCCAUGACAGAGGGCCAACUCAUACCAAUCAUGUCUGAAAUAAUCUCCAGUGACUUUUCAUCCACCCCCCCAAAAAUCGAUAUUGACCAAAAUUGGAAUCACCAGGUUAGGCUUUUUUUUGUGGUUGACAAUCAGCCAGAAAACUGCAAUCAGUGUGUCCCUAGUAAUGAUGGGGUUUUUUCAAUUCCAGAGGAAAAAAAUCUCUUUACAUAAUAUAUGUUUUACAGUUAUUAUGUAAAUCAUUCAAUCUGAUGAAUGUUUUACAUACUAUAUGGUAAUUAUCUACAGCCAAACCCACAGCCUGCCUGUCAGUGUGCUUUAAUAAUGGGUCCAGAUGAUCCCAAUCCAGGAGAAA